AUGACGACUUCCCAUCAGGUUGCAAGUCUAUUGGGUAAACCGUGAAUCGAAAGACCUUUAAAAGCUGAUUAUUUCAUUUCAGACUUGAUAAUGAGUUUGCUGGACACAGCUACCACAUAUCAGAAUCAGGAUAAUGUGCGAAACGAGGUAGCCGAAUCGUUAAAGGUCAUCGGUGCUCAUCAACCGAAUGUUUUGCUCACAGCCUGUCAUCAGUUCCUUCUACAGAAUCCGAAAGUAAGCCUUGGCUAUCUAACCUCUGCUGAAAAUCAAACUGUUCAGCUGGGAGCCCUAAAAAGAGCUUUUGUGCUUCAAUCGAUCUCAAUCUGUGUCGAUGACUCCGACGUAGUUCCGAAGUUGGACGAACAGCUCGUGAUGCUCGUUAUAAAUCUGGCGACUCAAGAAAUGAACAUGACCAAAGACGCAGAUACGGAAUGGGCCGAAUCUGCAAUGGAAGUGCUCGUGACUCUAGCCAAGAAUCACAGGUUCGUGAGCCACGUCAUCGACGCCAUUCUCCAGAAAUUCCCGCCAGGACAAACGACGAGUCCACAUCGCUAUAUAGUCCUCACAAUGGCCACGAUUGCUGUGCACAAUCGUAAGUAUCUACUCAUUGUGUUUUCUUUUCUCAUUUUAAAUUCAGCAUUCGGUUUGGUGCCAUUCCUGACAGACAUCCUCUCACGGACUGUUCCUCUGCUCACACACGUCAAAACGGAUCCGUUGAGGUGAUUUGAAAUACAACAACUGCUCAAACUCAUUUUUGACAUUCAGGUGCGCCUGGGCUCGAGCAAUCUGCUCAUUUUGUGAGGCAGUUCGUGAGUGUGAAACGGAACGACCAAACGAAGCGUCGGAGGAAUUCAUCGGAGAUCACAGCCGGCCCAAUUCGGCAUCCGGUCACUGUCAAGAAGUAUCCAAUCGAGCCACGUAUUCCGAUCAGACAGAGGCUGUUUAUGAUGUUGUUUUUAGCUGGAUAUACAGCAAAGAUGCCAAAGUAUGUGUUCAUUCUUCAUGUGUGAAAACUACGUUGUUUCAGACGAGAGGAGAGGCGGCAGAGUGUGUUGGAGAGUUGUGUCUGAUGAUAAAGCAGAGCCGUCUCGUUGAAGACGUCAAGAAAAUCGUGACGAAUAUGCUCCCGCUGUACCGUAAAUCAUACAAUGAAUCGCACAUGAUUACCCAAGGAAUUUGUCGGUUUCUCGAGGCCGCCUGUGUUGACGAGACGUGUCCUUUGGAGCCAUAUCUUGAAGACAUUCUGAAUGCUCUUUUCCCGAAUGCUUGUCUGGAUCCGGACGACACGACCGUCACCCUUGGCACUCACGCGAUCAAGAACCAUUCAGAGGCAUUCCGAUGUUUUGACGUAGCUGCCACGAGAUUCGCAGAUCGAAUUGUCUAUUAUCUGCUGCACAAAAUGCAAAAUGUUGCCGAUUCUCAAAAGUUGGGAGCCAUAAACGUCCUCAGACACCUUCUGAAUGCUACUGGACAGCACAUGGAAGACAAGCGAUCACUGCUGACGAUGGGCUUGAAGAAGCUGUUGGCAGCAGAAAACACGACGAGUGUUCGGGUUAGUCGCGUGAAUCCAAAGAGCCAGUUUUUAUCACUUUCAAGUCUCAGGUCAAACGAGCAAUAGUACAGCUCUGCGUCGCUCUUGCCGAUCAUUCGUACGUGGAUGCGGAAGGAGGGGACUACGUCAUCGCUUUUCUCGUUCGGAAUCUCGUCGGACCGACAGAACAGGAAGCAGUGGCGAAGAAGUUGGAGCUCGACGUCGCUGGAUGGAAUCAACUGAGAACGCAGUGCGCACAGGCACUCUACACCAUCGCAAACACGUGCGUCUGUGCCACGAGACUCCUCUGGCCAUAUCUUCUUGAGUUCAUUUGCUGCGAACGGUACACUCCGGUCGUCGGGGACAUCUGCAAAUGCCUUCGGACUCUGGUCAAUCGAGAGAUCGACGCGGGGCACGAGAUGGAUUUCACGACUGGAUUCGAUAACCGUGCGUUGCAGACUGAACGAUCCUUCCGUAAUACUCUGUUUUCAGCGAAAGUGGCGGGCCGUCAUGCUGUUUUUGCUCGUCUCUUCACUUCUUUCUGCAAUGCUCCAUUGAACGGACUGCUCACAAGACGGUCAAGGUAAAAGAACACGGAAAGACAGGAUCGGCAAGAUUGAUUUCAGAGAAGCUGGUGGCCUGAUAAAGGCCCUCGCUCCGUGGUUCCAUCAUUCAAUCGAAGGACCAGCCGAACGAUGGACCGAGAAGUUGGAACCACUUCUAGACGGUAAGUCGAUCUGUCCGUUAUCCGGAAAUGCAUUCCCUUUUCAGAACUGUCAACAACUUCCCUUUCGAACAUGGACUCCGCGCCGGCAGAACUCCGUGGCAGAAAAAUUGCCAGGUAAGAAGUCAGUUUCUUUCUCGCCCCGCAAUUCAUUUCCAGAUGGCACGAAGCAUGUCUCGAGUGGCUUUCCCUUUGCGUUUCUGCUGUUCCAGAAGGAGAAUGGCGGCAAGAUGUAGCUGCAGCGAUGGGAAAACAGCUGGACAUGUACAAAGAACUCAGCGACGAGAAGUCGUUCCUCCUCAGAUGCCUCGGAGUCACUCUGAGCAAGAUCACCGCAAAGCAGUUCGUGAUCGAUCACAUGAUGCUCAUGUUCAAAUCGGCCAGCCAUUCCGUGCUCACCGAACGGCAAGGAUGUGCUCGAGGAGUCGGCGCGAUCGCCGCAUCUCACAUGGAUCUCGUGCUUGUUGAGCUCGAAAAUGUCAGCAAAUGGGAGCACGCACGUAAGAGCACAGGACUAUUCGGAUUCAUAAAAGACACGAUGCCAAUACGGCAGUAUCCGGAUCAAGAAAUGAUAAAUCUGCGAGCAACUCUCAUGCUCUGUUACGGUCAUGUCGUGAUGGCGUGCAGUUUGGAUACAGUCACUCAACGUCUCCAGAACACCAUCAUUGUCUUCCUUCGGAAUUAUUUCGCAAAUUCCAAGCAAGAAACGAUUGUGAGAGAAGCGAUGCUGGAAACGAUGCGAUUGAUUGCGACGGCCGUGCAUCCAUCCAGAAUCGGAGGAGAUUGGAAGUUCGAGGCAAGAAAUGAGUUGCUGGCAUAUGCAAAGGAUUAUUUGAACGGGGAAACGCCAGAGUGGCUCACCAGCUCUCUGAGACUUCUAACCGCGAAGGCGACAGCUGCGCUUGUGUAAAUACAGCGAGAAAUGUAAAUCAAAAGAAACAUACAAUUUCAGACAACUGGAACCACCGCUCUCAUCCGCCGACAUCGAAGAUAUUGGGACCGUUCUGAGCAAGCAGAUACUUCCGAUGCAGAGAGAAAAGAGUGGUCUUAAGACAGUAAGUGGUCCGCUUCCCUUCCGUCCGUCCGUGUCUUCCCUCUCCUUCGUUCCUUCACACUUCUUCUUCGUUCUCCCCCUUCUCACCUUGCCUCUAACAGUCCCCGGACUUGGUUCGUCUCUAUUUCCAGCUCGCUUUCGAUAUUUUCGACUACGCUUCCUCGUCAGUUCUCUCCACAUUCAGCAGCAAUUUGUCUGGCUACGCAGGCCCUCCGUUGACCACAAACACUGUGGCAGAAGGACCGAACGGAACGCCGAUCCAUCAGAAACAUCGGGGAGGAGCCAAGGUGCUGCCGGGUGGCUAACAGUGUGUUCUUUUACUAUUUCUCCGACUAAAAGUCUUUCGGUUUUUAUCAAUUUCCUUUUUUGCUACUGACUUGGCUUAUGUUGAAAAUCUUUUUGUGGAAAAGGAACACAUUUUCAGUGGAUUUUUUUUCAUGUUAGGUUGAAGUAAUAACUUCGGUUUUCAGAUGGAAGAUGACGAAUCAGCUACGAUAAUGGAUGCAACGAUGCACCAAUAUGGUCUGGCCCUCGAACAGAUCGUCAGAAUGGCUCCCACAACUCAGACUGUCAUGAUCCUUCUCAAAGUGAGUCCGACCGGAACCACCUUCCAACGCUUUGUUAUUUUAUAGAUACUUCUCCCGUACUACGGAAAACAAGCCGACCACGAGAGGAGCCGUGCUGUCGACAUGACCGUACUCGUUCUUCGUGUUUACUACGAGUGUGCAGAGGACAUAUCUCUCGGCCAUGCUUCCGACUUCGAACCGCUCAGCUCACUUCUCGGUCGUCUGGCCCCUCGUCUCGUCGAUUUGCUCGCCCAUGUUCGUCUCCAGGCGCUCUCUGCUAUUCAUUGGGCUCUCCGGCUCGCGUACAUGCACAAAGGACACGGAAGAGAUGCGGAUCAGAGUCUGUUCUCCUACACAAAAUUUGUGGAAAAAUAUUUGACAAGUGGUGAUGUGAAAUUGGAAGGACAGAAGGAGAAACUGGCAAUAGAGGCUAUCGCUCAGAUAAUAGAAUACCGCCUGCCGCAGUCACAAAUGCAAAUCUAUCUGUCGGCAAUCUUCGAAAUGCUCACAGAUAGGCAGAGCCACGUCAGUUCGGCUGCUGCUCAGCUGCUCACCUACGCCGUUAUGGCCAGAGGAUCCACUUUGAAUGCAGAAGCGGACAUUCUGGUCACGAAAAUGGUCGAGAAACUGGCAGAUAUCCAUCAUUGCGUCCAGACGAACACAGACGUGCUUGCGGCCCUCGUCGCCUUUGCAGUUCACCAACAACAAGCAGUCUGCGACGUACUUUUCAAGCAACCACUACCGUAUUCAAUGUAAGUGCAUUGUCUUCCUUUUCAAAUUGAGAUACUUGGUUUCAGUAACAUCACCGAUGCUUGGGAAUGCCUUUCCCGUGACAAACUUCUCUUCGCUGGAAUCCUUGAUCAUCUGACUGAACUGCUCGGAGCAAGCCUUGAUCAGCCCUACGAGCUCAUUGAUUCUGGAGGCGGCGUUUCCGCGAAAGUGGUCAACGUAGAGCCGUGUGCGUACGUAGCAGUGCUUGCCGAAGUGGUCAAGAACGGAGAGCCGGAAUCUGCUUUGAUGGAACGUCUUCCGCUGAUUCUCACUCUCCUCAUUCACUUCAUCUGCUCUGUGUCGGAUACACAAUUCCCAGUCAUGCAGAAAGAGAGCAAGGACGGCACAAAGACGGCGCUAAUUAUCACCCCGGAUCUUCGCAGAGCUGCAGAGAAACCUGCCGGAAUGGCAGUUUCUGCCAUCAAAAACCUUCUCAAUCGGACCCGUUCGAACAUGGUAAUUGAAGACAUGAAUCAGGCGAGAGCAUGGAGUGACUGCCUUGAUAAAGAGGCAUUCAUUCAUGCCAUCACGGUGUUCGUCCGAUCUCUCGUAGAACAACGUCCGGCUUGGGUAUCUCCAUUGGCAAAAAUAAUGGAAGAGUACGCGAACAGCGAGAGCGAACCGAGAAGACUCGCAGCCGUCAUUGUCGCUGCUUCGUUGAUAAGACGGAGCACAAAUGAAUCUGGGGAUUUCAAUGAGCAACUGCUCGUCAAAUGCAUUCGCCGUCUCGAGGAUUCCCUCACAGAUCCGAGCCUCCGGAUUCGGAAGCUUUGCGUCAAAGGGCUCGGCGAGUUAUCCGAGUGCUCUUCCUCUGACGUCAUCGCCAGAUUCGUUCAUAUGGCUGUGGAAGCAGCAAUGUCCGGUUUGGAUGAUCAUGGAGACAGGAAGGAUACGGUGGCAAUUGAGUCGAUUAUGGCUCUGAACAAGUUGGUCCAGCUGACGAAUGAUGACCAACUCAAGUCGAUACUCCCCCUGGUUCUUCUCAAAAUCCGUCCGUGUUUCGAAAAGGAUUCGUCCACUCUUCGUGCUGCGUCGUUUAGUUUAUUCGGAGAGCUCGGAGCGCGAGUAGGAGAGAACAGCGAAGAAUUCAGAGGACAUCUGCACACGAACAUCGUUUCCCUUCUUCUCCACUUGAACGAUGACUACGAGGAUGUUAGACAGAAAUGCGCGUCGUCGAUUUUCCGGCUGCACGAACUCCUCACUUCUUCGAAUGCUUCAAUCUGCAUAGAGCGGGAACUCGGAGGAGGAAAGCAGCCCGCCAACUACAAUCAAUUCGUCAAAGACUUUUCUGCUAUCUUGGUAGGUUGAACUCAGGUUUUCAUUCUUAUAGUGCUUACUUGCAGGCAAACUCUUUCCCGGAUCGUAUCAAUCAGUACGCUCUGGCGACUUCCAACUAUUUCAAGAGCUCGAGUGCCCGGAUCCGAUGCAAUGCCGCCCAUCUGACGGGAUGCCUUCUCGAUGGGCUCAGUGCCCCCCUUAGAGCCACUAUCAGCAAGGAGCUCGUCUUCACCGGACUCGUCGCCCUUCUCAAAGACUCUGAAGAAGUCAACGUCCGCAUCGCGGCCACUCGAGCCAUCGCCAACCUUCACGAUUUCCAUUAA